GUGUUCGAGAAGGAAAAAGGAUCCCUCGCGUCCAGACUUCAUUUCCCACAAUGCAGUUGCAGCGUGACUGGGAGGGCUUACCUGGACUGUUCAUCACCUGGAUCACAUUACAGGAAAGCAUUCAGAUGGGCUGGAGAGACAGAGGGAGAGCGUGCAGAAGAACGGACGCAUUACAGCGAAAUAGCAUCGGCUAGGAAGCCUUUCUGCAGCAACUAGGGGGACUGCCUUGUGAUAGAUUCAUGUUAUUAAACAAACACAGAUUUGCAGAAAACUUCGGAAGAAUAUUCUAAGGUACGUCUUCCAGGCUGACCUCAGUACCAGAGAUUAGGGAGCACAGAAGCACACCAAGAACACCACGAUGAAUCAACAAAGAGGCAUGACUGGCAGCUUGCUAAUGAACAUGGAUAUGGAGCUGAAUGCCUCCCUUGCCACUGCGGAUGAGCUGUCCAAGGAGCUGGGCAGCAUGUGGGAAGAGUGCUCCCCAGCGACUGACACCCCAGAAUACAAGAGCUCUGGGUACAGGUCCAGUCCGGUGGGGUCCAAUGAAAAGCUGAGUAAACCAGCUGCUGUUUCCAGCAGCAGAGAUCAGCCUGCAAAGGCCUCUUACUUCUCAUAUAAGCCAACCAGCCACCCUGAUCCCGGCCAGUCCGCAAAGUCUUUGGACUCAACGACAGCCAGAAAAUACCAGGGUAGCCCCCGGCCCACCAGCCUGUACUCUCCUGACAGGCAGACACCACCUCCUAGUGGCCCCCCUCGCACAUUCAGCUCGGACUCCCUUUCCAGCUAUGAUCAGCGUAGCCUGCCUCGACAGUUAAGCCGCUCCCCCUCCCCACGCGUGAUGAGGCGCAAUCCUCCCUUUCCUGUGUACGAAUCUGGCCAAUCAGGACUCAGCUCUCCGCGGUCAUUGCCUUUUGAGCGAAGCCCCUCCCCUCACCUAGGCUACCCAGCCAACUCCAGCACACUGCCACGGAACUUCAAAACCUGCAAGUCUCAGGAUGACUCGCUUGGCAGACAGAGAUCCCCCAGUCCCUGGAAUGACUUGGAUCUCGACGUUGGCUACAAGAGGACAUCCCGCCAGCAGCAGGGUCUAGACAAGUACAGGACCCUGCCCUCUAACAUCAUGCCCUUCGGCAAUUGGAGGGAGUCGAACCUGGACGCGUCUCCCUCUCAAGCAAAGGAUAUGCCAGUCCAGAUGAUUGCUUCCUAUGUCUCCACGUUGCCCCGUCCCACUCCGCACUCUCCACGGGGCAGCCCUCGGUACAGCCAGCCGGCCAUCAUCUCCCGAAUCGCCAUCCCGCCAGGCUCUCCACAGGGGCAGCAGCACCGCCCCAUACCUCUCUCCGUCAUAAUGAGGCUCCAACACCCCUACUGGGCCAGAGAGAACGCCAUCGCCACCUGGGGGCAGGUGGGGGAUACUGCAACCUACAGGAACACACAGCAACCCCAACCCCAGCCCCAGCCCCAGCCCCAGCCCCAGUUUGAGAGACCAGCAGCAGGGGUGAAGGUCGUGACCCCUGAAAGCCCCCCUGCUCCAGUUUUGGACAGUGGGGCGGUAGAGCCUGAGCUGGAAGGGCUGGGGGUGGGGGAGAUGAUGGAGGUGGCCCCCAGGCCCCUCAGCCCCACACGCCUGCAGCCUGUGCUACCCCCUGAUGCUGAGCCUCUGCCUCAGAUGGAGGAGCUCCUGAGAAUACGAGCAGAGAUCCCCCGAGCACUGAGGAAACGCAGCUCCAUCGACAACCCCAUACCGGUCAACCCUCCAACCCAGUACAAGAAAUACCAACAGUUCACCAGCAAGCUGUUCCAGCGGAACAAACGCAUUGAGGAUCUGGGAAGUGAUGCAGGCCUCUCAGACCUGGGGGAGAACUCGAGUCUGGCUGCUGUCAUUCCUGAGCCAGUCACCCAAACACAUGCAGCCAAGGGUCUGCGCUCCAUCUUGAAGACACCCAAGUCAGAGAGCUCAGGCCGCAGAGCCCGCCUCAGCCCUCUCGUCAUGCUGCUAGAUGCCUCUCUAGUGGGGGAGUUGGAUGUGGUCCAGAGUGCUGUCCAAGAGAUGAGUGACCCUAGCCAGCCCAAUGAUGAGGGCAUCACUGCUCUGCACAAUGCCAUAUGUGGGGGACACCCCCCUGUGGUGGAGUUCCUGGUACAGAUUGGUGCUAACAUCAAUGCUGCGGACAGUCACGGCUGGACCCCUCUACAGUGUGCAGCCUCUUGUAAUGACCGUCUGCUCUGUGAGUUUCUGGUGCAGAACGGGGCUGCCAUCUUAGCUGUGACAGAGAGCGAUGGAGCCACUGCAGCACAGAAAUGCGACCCAUACGCACCAAACUUCGAGGAGUGUGAGCAGUUCCUGCGAGGUGCGGAGGAGUCCAUGGGUGUGCUGUACAACGGGAUGCUCUACGCUCUGUGGGAUUAUACUCCCUGCAAUCCGGAUGAGUUACCUUUCCGAGAUGGAGACAUGGUGACAAUCCUGCAGCGGGAUGAUGAGGGGGACUGGUGGUGGGCCUCGCUCUGCGGCCGGGAGGGCUUCGUCCACAAGAAAUACUUUGGGUUGUUCCCCCGGGUCCGACCCAAAUCCAUGUCCUCCUGAAGCUAGGCAGGAGUGAUAUGAGCCUCCUUGGUUCUGAACCCAGACAAGGAUCCGCUGAACCCCCUGGAGCUUGACUGGAACCAGCUGGACCAGAUUUACUGCACCCUAACUCAACAUUGUGCUGGUGCUGUGUGCAACUGGGUCUGUACUGGCACUGCUGCUGUAUUCACGAUUGCAUUGAUGCUACUACCCAUGUGGGUGCUGUACCUGCUACUGGCAUGUAUGUAAAUAUAACACUGGAACUGACUGUGUGGUAGUUUCAAAUGCACUCUCACAGGUAUUGGUUAUGAUUGUGGAUCACACACACUGACAGAUUCACACUGGCACUAACACACGCGCGCGCGUGCGCACACACACACACACACACACACACAACAUUUUUUUUGUAUUAAAUUUGUUACAGCAAAUUAAGUUUUCAUGCUAAAAGUUCUUUAUUAGUUAAACUAGUUAAUCCUGUUUUUUGGAAUAGCCUUCUGUAAGUGUCAAAGAGUUCUCUUACCCAGUUUGUGUGAGAAGAUGGCUUUUAUACUGUACAACACAACUGGGCAUGUUAUUCUAUUAGAAAUAAUCUUAAGGUAAACUCACAAGCACAUGUAGUAUUGACAUUUUUUUUUUCUUUAUGUAUUUUACAAUGAAUUUGUUUUCUAUAGACAAGAAAACGCAUUAUGAGAUGUAUUGAUAAUUUUGAUUGGAGGGACUUUGAUUUACAAUUGUUUACAAUGUAAACAAGGACCAGUAGUCUUUUUAUGUUUCAAAUAAUUCACAUAGUCAAUGGCCAUUUACUGCUAACACAUGCUGUGUCCCCCUCAUUGGACUUCACCAUUCCUUCAGUAUUCUACCACCUAGUGGCUUUAUAGUAGAAAAACAUGGGCAUGAGGAGUUUAUUUUAGUAGAAAUGUACACUUUCUAUUCUUAUAAAUGAACUGUAUCACUUUUGUAUAUGUAAUGAUAGAUGACAAGGAUACAUACAAAUGCUGUCUAUAAAUAUGAUUUGCAUUUUAUAGAAUUGGAGGCAUCAGAUGAUAUUCACCAGAUCAAAGAACAGUGCUGACCAAUGACUGUACAGUAUUUAGGGAACGCUGCAAGGCAAAGCAGACAGGCGGAAGACUCAAGGUAUCGAGAUCUCAGAGCAGACACAUUUUUGUCCUGCAACAGCAGUGUGGAGUAGUGGUUAGGGCUCUGGAUUCUUGACCGGAGGAUUGGGGGUUCAAUCCCAGGUGGGGGGACAGUGCUGCUGUACCCUUGAGCAAGGUACUUUACCUAGAUUGCUCCAGUAAAAACCCAACUGUAUAAAUGGGGAGUUGUAUGUAAAAAUGAUGUGAUAUCUUGUAACAAUUGUAAGUCACCCUGGAUAAGGGUGUCUGCUAAGAAUUAAAUAAUAAUAAUAAUAACACAUGGUUGGUUUUUCCUGUUUGACAGCUCAGUGCUAGGGGCAAUAACGUUACGGUAUUUCUGUUGGAGCUAUGCUACUAAAAGUGGAGUAAGUUAUGAAAGCAUGCUUGUGUAGUCAUGCACCGCUCUGAAAUGAUGUUUACACAACCUUAUUUUUACAAAACAGAACAAAGAUGCUUGCAGUGUAUGUAGUACGUUUCUCCAGAUUGCAUGAUGUUAACUAAAUAAACCAAAAUGUACGCAA